AUGACAUUUUACGAUUUGAAUAUUCCCUAUAAUGAACCCAAUGAACCAGGCAUUGCUAACACCUUGCGGUUCCUGUCUGAAUUGGGGUAUACUACUGUGGCACUUUCACAGUCGAUAACAGGAAAACUGCCGGCAACCAUAUCCCCGUUACCUCUACCAAGCAAUGUCCCGACAUCUCUCACUAUACUCACUCGAUUAAACAUUACGCUCUCGGAUGCCACGCAAAACCAGCGUCUAGCAACGCUAGCACAAUCAUACUCGCUAGUUGCUAUACGCCCUGUGAAUGAGAAAGCGCUAUCGCAAGCCUGUAACAGCCUCGACUGUGAUAUUAUAUCUCUCGACCUAUCUACACGUCUACCCUACCAUUUUAAAUUCAAAACCCUCUCCGCAGCAGUAUCACGAGGUGUACGGCUAGAAAUAUGUUAUGGACCCGGAGUGACGGGUAGCGGGAUGGAAGCGAGAAGAAAUCUAAUAUCAAAUGCAGCAUCGUUGAUCCGCGCCGCGCGGGGCAGAGGGAUCAUUAUCUCCAGUGAAGCGAAACAAGCUCUUAGUGUCCGAGCACCAUGGGAUAUUGUGAAUCUCGCAUGUGUCUGGGGGAUGAAACCUGAAAGGGCGAAGGAGGCGGUAAGUGAGGAGGCCAGGAAAGUGGUGGAUAUGGCUCUGGUAAAGAGAACGAGCUUCCGCGGGACAGUGGAUGUGGUAUACGGAGGUGAAGGCGAUGACGCUGGGACAAAGAAGGUUGAGCCGGCCAAUAAACCAGGAAAGAAGCCAGUCACCGCCUCUCUUAGUGCCUCUGAUGGGAGCGGCAUGAAGCGGAAAGCCUCAUCGGGUGGUCUUGAUGGCCAGAAUACGCCUUCUGACGAACCGCAACUCUCAAAGCGGGAGAUGAAGAGGCGUGCGAAAAAGGCCAGGUUAACGAGCGUCAACUCUUCAGGAGGGUCUCCGGCAGCUUCAUGA